CGCCGCCGCCGCCGCUGCCACCGCCACCGCCGCCACCGGCCGCCGCCACUUCCAGCAGCAGCAGCAGCAGCGGCCACAGCAGUAGCAGCAGCGUACGUGCGUCGCCUCCGUGUCCAUUCAAGCCGUGCCGGGGAGUGGCGUGUUGAUCCCCGACCAAGAUGGCGGCCGUGGGGCGAGUGGGCUCGUUCGGCUCUUCUCCGCCGGGACUCGCCUCGACGUACGCCGGCGGCGCCCCGGCCAACGAUCUGGCGUCGGGUAGCGGCGGCGCGGCGGCCGACGACGACGACGGGCAGAAUCUGUGGUCGUGCAUCCUCAGCGAGGUGUCCACGCGCUCGCGCUCCAAGCUGCCGGCCGGGAAGAACGUGCUGCUGCUCGGUGAAGAUGGAGCUGGCAAAACAAGCCUCAUAAGGAGAGUUCAGGGCAUCGAGGAGUACAAGAAGGGAAGAGGGCUGGAGUACCUGUACUUACACGUGCACGACGAGGACAGGGACGAUCAAACUAGAUGUAAUGUGUGGAUCUUAGAUGGAGAUCUGUAUCACAAAGGGCUCCUCAAGUUCUCACUGGAUGCCAUUUCUCUGAGGGACACUCUGGUCCUGCUGGUUGUGGACAUGUCAAAGCCUUGGACUGCUUUGGAUUCUUUACAGAAAUGGGCCAGUGUUGUGAGAGAACACGUGGACAAGUUGAAAAUCCCUCCCGCAGAGAUGAAAGAGAUGGAACAGAAGUUAAUUAGAGACUUCCAAGAGUACGUGGAGCCUGGAGAAGACUUCCCAGCCUCUCCUCAGAGAAGAAACACUGCUGCCCAGGAGGACAGGGACGACGGCGUGGUCCUCCCUCUGGGUGCUGAUACCCUCACCCACAACCUGGGCGUGCCGGUGCUCGUCGUCUGCACAAAGUGUGACGCCAUUAGCGUGUUGGAGAAGGAGCACGACUACCGAGACGAGCAUUUCGAUUUUAUCCAGUCCCACAUCCGCAAGUUUUGUUUACAGUAUGGUGCAGCACUUAUUUACACGUCAGUAAAAGAGAACAAAAACAUAGACUUAGUAUAUAAAUACAUCGUUGAGAAGCUCUAUGGGUUCCCCUAUAAGAUCCCUGCUGUGGUUGUGGAGAAGGAUGCAGUGUUCAUUCCAGCAGGAUGGGAUAAUGAUAAAAAAAUAGGAAUAUUGCAUGAAAAUUUCCAAACAUUGAAAAUAGAAGAUAAUUUUGAAGACAUCAUAACUAAACCACCUGUUCGAAAGUUUGUACAUGAAAAGGAAAUUAUGGCAGAAGACGACCAAGUGUUUCUCAUGAAGUUACAGUCCCUUUUAGCAAAACAACCACCAACUGCAGCUGGAAGGCCAGUGGAUGCAUCCCCAAGAGUCCCUGGAGGCUCUCCCCGAACACCAAACAGAUCUGUGUCAUCUAAUGUGGCCAGCGUGUCUCCUAUUCCUGCUGGAUCAAAGAAAAUUGACCCGAACAUGAAAGCUGGAGCUACGAGUGAAGGGGUCCUGGCAAACUUCUUCAAUAGCUUGCUGAGUAAGAAGACUGGCUCGCCCGGAGGCCCUGGCGUUGGCGGUGGCAGCCCUGGAGGGGGCGCUGGAGGAGGGAGCAGUGGUUUGCCUCCAUCUGCCAAAAAGUCAGGCCAGAAGCCUGUCCUAUCAGAUGUUCACGCGGAACUAGACAGAAUCACGCGGAAGCCAGUGUCAGCGUCCCCUCCGUCGCCCACGUCUCCCGCGGAAGGAGGGGCUUCCUGAAGGCACCAGGGCAGCCGUUUUCAGUUUCGGGGAUGAUGUACUUGCCUCUGCCUUUUCCUUCCAAGUUGGAAUUAGGGAGCUGGAGUGCUUUACAGACAAAGUUUAUGUCCUUUUUCCUUAUUUUAAUUUUAUUUUUUUGGUGGCUGCCCAGUUUUAUAAAAGGAGCUAUUCAGAAGAAAUAUGAUUCUACACUGUGUAGAAUUACUGGUGGAAUUGUUUUGCAUAAGGAAGUAACUUUGGAUUUUGAAAAUCUCAGAAUUUAGAAGCCUGUAACAGAACUCUGUGAUCAUGUUCUAAAGACUACGUAAACCGUGCAGGAAGGUUUCAGGAAGGACAGAAGAUGCGUAAUUUGGGCAGGUGUUUGGUUUGGAAGUCUAAACGUAUUUUUAGGUAAGACUAUUAAGAUCAUUUUAAAAGAUACUGUGUUUUGCUGGAAAACAAAAAAUGGCCAUUUGUCAGAUGUUGCACACCAACAGAAAUGUGCCCACACGUGGGUAACGCUGAGAUAACGAUCCGGUGGUGGUUGAUACAGGAGCCAUCGUCUCAACUGGAGGUCCUGUCAGUUACCAUCGAAGUGCGAUCGAGAAUCAUUGGCCAAGCCGUUUCUUUAACUGAGAAGGACAGAAAGCACACUACCUAGAUGCGUAAAAGAAAAAUGCAGAGGUCAUGAAAAUGUAAAGAGAUGACAGUCUUUGAAUUUGUCUAUACAUAUAUAUACAUAUAUAUAUAUGGCUCUGCCUUAAUAGACUCCUUUUGUUUGUGACUUUCAACUGUAAUCAGUUAAUAAUAAAGUAUUUAUUCUCUGCA